AUGAAGUCUUCGAAAGCCUUACUCAUUACCUUCGCACUCCUCGCUGCUUCUGCCACGGCUAUGCAAAAGGAGGAAGGCUCCUCUCCUGACGGCAAUGAGUCCAAGUGGAGCAAGAUCUCGGAAACCGAAGUGGAUACCUGGCCACCGGAGGCCCAGAAAAAGUACAAGGCGUGGCUCGCCUGCUGUGAAGCAAUCAAAGAUGGCGAGAAGGCGCAAAGGGGUGUGGAAAGUUUAUAUGCUGGGCGAGAAGCUUACAAUGUGGACCGACCUCGUUCAAAGAAACUGCUGGAGCCUCCGACAAUCACGAGCCCAUACUUCAAGGGUACCUACCCCGAUAGAGUGCAAGAAGGCAACAAGGAGCUGCUGGCUCGUCUCGCUGAAAUAGAGCGUGAACUCGAGGCAGCAGUCCCAAAGGGCUAUCAAAGCGAGCUCCAAGAGGAACGCGAGAGCAAUGAAGAUGAGGCAUGA